UUUAUUGUCAAAUUUAUUCGCAAAUUUUGACUAAUUAAAACAAUGUUAGGGGGUGAUAAAAUAGUAAAAGAUCAGAUUUAAUAUUUGAUCAAGUAUUUAAAAUCAUGAAAUACCCCUAUCUGUCAUCACUAUUUUUAUAUUUAAGUUAUAUGACUUAGUGAAAUCAAAAAUGAAGAUAAGGACGAUCCGAAUCCCCGUUCGUAUGGGCAACUAUACGUAUAGGCUACAUGAUUUUAAGAUAAAAUGCAGAUUUGGAAUUAGACUCUUUAUAUAUUUCAUCCUGUUAAUCUUUGUCGGUCCUUACUUUGGAAAUUGGACUACCACAGAGAAGUAUCUGUGCAGAAUUGACGUUUACGCCAGCGAAUGUAGUUUAUCUGACCGGAUGGUCCCGGCAACAGAUAGUUUUCGGUGCCCUGCACAACGAUUCAUGAUAGCUAAACUGGGAUCAAUCAUAAGGUCAUCGGUCCUCACAAUUGGAUUUGUCAUGGGCCUUCUGUUGGAUAUCCUUGGUCCAAAAGUAACAUUUUUAAUUGGCAUAAUAAUGAGAAUCGUGACUUGGCUAAUCUUCUCAGUUAAACACGCCAGUAACUCAGCAAUAGUAUUCAGUUCAGUGCUUUUGGGUUUGUCGAGAAACGCUAUAGCAUAUCCGACCCUGACCAUUUACAUGUACACAACUAACUUUAAGGAAUAUGCAACCACGGUAAUGGGUAUAGGAAUCACCUUAGCAGGUUUGUAUAUUAUGGUAAUUGAACGUCUGCUCGGUUUUACGGGAGCAGAUCCACAUCGCUUUACACUAUACUCAGUACUGACGACACACAUUCCAUGUUUGUUUAUUGGUCUCAUAUUAUUUCCAUGGAAGUCACCAACUCCAAAGGUUAAACAUAAGGCAACUAAAUCUAUAGAGCACAUUGAUGACCAGAUAUCUACAGAUGAUUUAGUAUCCACAGAUGGGAAGAAUACACCUAGUUCUGAUUUAACACUCAAAACCUUUUCACAAUCAUCUGUUAGAGAUUCCAAGAUCUCAGACUUCAGUUCCAUGGAUACAGGAUUAUCGGCUUAUUCCAAAGAUGGCAUUGAUAAAGGAUAUAAAGAUAACACAAUGAUAAGAAUUGAAAGAUCAGGAAGUGAAUCCAGUGACGUGGAUUUAGAUGCACAUGUACAAACUGAAAUAUCAAUGGAUGAUUCACAAUGGAACUUGAAGAAGUUUGUAAAAUAUUUGAAGAGCCUAGAGUACUCGGUAACAUGCUCGUAUUUCGUUUUGAAUUUUCUAGACUUUUAUUUUAUGCAGAUGAUGUUCUCCACAAUGUACGGAGAAUACAAUGACGUGAUGGUGCUGAACGAAUAUUUGGUAUCAUUUAGCUUUAUUUUAACGUUUUUUAUUGGAUUAUUGUACAAAGUCUUCAACCCGCUUACGAUACUGAUUUUCUCAAACAUGUUUGGAAUAAUAUCACACUUCAUAGCCUUUAGCGGUACGAGAGUGGCAGGCUACUUCACAGCCUCCACACUCAUCGCAUACGCCUCAAUACUCUUUACGCAGAUUUAUAUUUACAUCCAGUCGACGUUUGACUCAAAGUAUUUUGGAAGCCUUGUGGGCACAGUCAACACAUUCUCUGGAAUCUCAAUGUUCUUCAACAUCGCCCUCAUUUCACUCGUCGAGAAGUUCAGCUGCAUCAACUACAUACACAUCGCAAUGAUUAUUGCCAGAUCAAUCUUUGAAGUAGCCUUAAUCUUUUUGAACUUCAACCGCAAAAAAAGAACAAAAUCCAUUUAAUUUUAUUCCACCUCAUUUUUCAAUUUAUUUACUUUAUUA